AUGGCUCAUAGCUUUACCCCAGCGCCUAUAGUGUACGUUUCAAGAAAAGAAACAUUCAGCGCCAGUCAUAGGCUUUUCAAUCCACAACUCAGUCAAGAGGAAAACGAAUUUCUGUUCGGAAAAUGCACCAAUCCUAACGGACAUGGGCAUAACUACAGAGUAAAAAUCACGCUGCGCGGAAAACAGGAUCAUAAAACCUCUAUGGUUAUGCAUCUGGGUAAACUGACCAAGCAUCUCAAGUCAGUCAUUGAUCCACUGGAUCACAAAAAUUUGGAUCUAGAUAUUCCUCACUUCAAGAACGUAAUCAGUACAACGGAGAAUGUUUCAAUAUACAUUUGGAAGGAGAUGCAGAAGCUUUUGCCGUCCGGUGUCUUGUACGAAGUGAAGGUCUCUUCCACAGACAAGAACAAUUUCACUUACCGAGGAGAAAGCCACGGCGACCAUCAAGGUUAA